AUGACCUAUGCCUCCGGCAGCCAAGCAUUCCGGCCAGCCGAUCAUUUUCCUUCCAACGAUCUUAUAUGCGGUAAGAAUGGCGCCGGAAUGAAUAAUACCGCUUGCAAGUUCAGAAAGAGUUAUUGUCCGAAUCUCAAAGUCGACGGCGAUGGCGCUAUCAGAUUGAUUCUGAAUAUAAAUCAAGAGCACAAAGGCUUGUCAUCGUGUUCGGGGAACCGAUCAUCAUCUUACAACUCCUGCUUUCUCCCCCGAGAACAAGUUAAAAGCGAACUUGGAAACAAGGAGGGCCAGCAUUUUAUUGCCCCACACUACAACUCAUUUGGUCACUCUUUCAGGGACUAUGACAAUGAGAGUGAGAGAAGAGCAGGUGUAGAGAAUUUCUACAAAACUAACCACCUCAACCAGACAUACAAAUUUGUGAAGGAGAAGAAGGAAGAGUUUGGGAAGCUGAACAAGGUUGAGAUGGGCAUCUGGGAGUGUUGUGAACUGUUGAACGAAUUCGUGGACCAGAGUGACCCGGAUCUCGACGAGCCCCAAAUCCAGCAUCUUCUUCAGUCCGCCGAGGCCAUCAGAAAGGACUACCCCAACCAAGAUUGGCUGCAUCUCACUGCACUUGUCCACGAUCUGGGAAAAGUUCUGCUGCACCCGAAGUUUGGGGCAGAGCCACAAUGGUGCGUUGUCGGUGAUACCUACCCUCUUGGAUGCGCAUUUGAUGAAUCCAUUGUCUAUUACAAAUACUUUGAGGAGAACCCAGAUUUCAAACAUCCAGUUUACAGCACAAAGCUCGGAGAAUACACCCAGAACUGUGGGCUUGAGAAUGUGGUCAUGGCCUGGGGCCAUGACGAGUACAUGUACACGGUGAUGAAGGAAAACAAGUCAACUCUACCACCGGCGGGGCUUUUCAUUGUCAGAUUCCACUCUUUUUACUCAUUGCACAGGAAUGGCGCUUACUCCUAUCUUAUGAAUGACGAAGACGAAUAUAAUCUCAUGUGGCUGAAAAUCUUCAAUAAGUAUGAUCUCUAUAGCAAGAGCAAGGUCAGAGUUGACGUAGAAAAAGUCAAACCUUACUAUCUUUCUCUUAUUCGAAAGUACUUCCCUGCCAAACUCAGAUGGUGA